UUCUUUCCCAAUCCUGUUGACUCAACUCUGUUGCCUUUAUAAAGGAGAAGACCAGCCCCUCAGGGUCCUAAAGCACCUAUGCUCUUCAUCUGACUUCCUACAAACAGUUCUGUGAAAGAGAUCAGAGAGUGAAAGAAAGAUGGCCGGGGAUUCAAGCCUGCUGGCUGCAGUCUCUCUUCUCUCUGCCUGUCAGCAAAGUUAUUUCGCUUGGCGGGUCGGACGAGCAAGACUAAAACACAAGAUUGCACCCCCAGCAGUCACGGGCCCUCUGGAAUUCGAGAGAAUAUUUCGUGCACAAUCUAUGUAUGCAGCACUUGUGUGCCUGGUGCACACAGAGACCAGAAGAGAGGAUCAGAUCUCCCGGAACUGGAGUUACAGACUCAUGGGUGCUUAGGAUUGACCUCGGAUCCCCUGCAAGAGCUGUUGGUGCUCUUAAAAGGAUGGCUUUUGUGACUUACCUUCCCACUGCAUAGAAUGGGAAUUGAGUGUGUCCAUUUCUUUUCUUUUAGAAGCUUUCAGGGGAAUUAUUUAAAGACUCAAGUGGGAAGCUGAGGGUGGGAGAGGAUUUUUAAGAAGAAAGAUGUUUAAUGUGAAUUGAGUAGCCUCUUGGGUUGCUUGAGAAGGUAUGGAAAUCUCUUUAGGCUCUGGAGGCCUGUUUCUUAGAAAAUCUGAGCCAUGGUGCACUUCACUGUGACCAUUUGGGUAUAGGAGAAUGAUUCUUGGUCCUGCUCUGUGGUUUGAGCAAUGUCUGAAUCUCAUGUCUAAAGACUCCUUUUAAGUGGAAGGAUCUUUUAAAUUCUUGAUGUAAGUUCUUGUAUUGUUUUUGCUUGAAUUGAUGGAACGCCCACCUGUAGAUGGAAAAUCAAUACAUUAGUGUGUGUUUCCUCAUGGAUUAAGUUUCAUCUUUAUUUGUCCCCCCCCCCCAGGCAAAACUCUUUGGAGUUUUAUCCUGUAUUCAUCGUAAUGCUGUGGAUGGCUGGGUGGUACUUCAAUCAAGUUUUUGCAGCCUGUCUGGGUCUCCUGUACAUAUACGCCCGUCACAAGUAUUUCUGGGGCUAUGCCGAAGCCGCUGAGAAAAGGAUCACCGGUUUCCGACUGAGCCUGGGGAUUUUGACCUUGCUGCCUGUCCUCGCUGUCCUGGGGGUAGCAAGCAGAUUCCUGAACGAAUACCUGGACUUUCAUGUUGCCAAGAAACUGAGGAAGCCCUUCUAAGUUUUUCUCUUCCCUUUCAUGCUUGUAGAGGCCGUCACUACUCUGAAAACAAUAAGAUGUCAUGUGUUAAAUAAAACUUUUAAAACUUU